AUGUCCAACAGCAGCUCCAUCAGCCACUUCCUCCUGCUGGCAUUGGCAGACACGCGACAGCUGCAGCUCCUGCACUUCUGCCUCUUGCUGGGCAUCUCCCUGGCUGCCCUCCUGGGCAACGGCCUCAUCAUCAGCGCCGUAGCCUGCGGCCACCACCUGCACACACCCAUGUUCUUCUUCCUGCUCAACCUGGCCCUCAGCGACCUGGGCUCCAUCUGCACCACUGUCCCCAAAGCCAUGCACAAUUCCCUCUGGAACACCACCACCAUCUCCUACACAGGAUGUGCUGCUCAGCUCUUCCUCUUUAUGUUCUUCCUGUCAGCAGAGUUUUAUCUCCUGACCAUCAUGUGCUACGACCGUUACGUGUCCAUCUGCAAACCCCUGCACUACAGGACCCUAGUGGGCAGCAGAGCUUGUACCCACAUGGCAACAGCUGCCUGGGCCAGUGCCUUUCUCCAUGCUCUCAUGCACAUGGCCAAUACCUUUUCCCUGCCCCUGUGCCAUGGCAAUGCCCUGGGCCAGUUCUUCUGUGAAAUUCCCCAGAUCCUCAAGCUUUCCUGCUCCAAAUCCUAUCUCAGGGAACUUGGGCUCAUUGCUGUUAGUGCCUGUUUGCUAUUUGGUUGUUUUGUGUUUAUUGUUUUCUCCUAUGUGCAGAUCUUCAGGGCUGUGCUGAGGAUCCCAUCUGAGCAGGGACGGCACAAAGUCUUUUCCACCUGCAUCCCUCACCUGGCCGUGCUCUCCCUCUUCAUCAGCAGAGUCAUGUUUGCCUACCUGAAACCCCCCUCCGUGUCCUCUCCAUCGCUGGAUCUGGCCCUGUCAGUUCUGUACUCAGUUGUGACUCCAGCUCUGAACCCCCUCAUCUACAGCCUGAGGAACCAAGAGCUCAAGGCUGCAGUGUGGAGACUGAUGACUGGAUGCUUUCAGAAACAUUAA